CUCCACUCCGGCACAUCAAUUUUCCCGGUUCUUUUUAAAAACCCCAAAUUUUCUUCCCCCAUAAACCCUAACCAAAUCCAUUUGCCAUUAUCGACCACCCUACAACCAAAUAAGUUAAACACCUUUAUAUUUCUCUCAUACUCUCCCACUCGCUCACACUCACUCACUCACUCACUCGCUAUACAAACGCAUAGAGAGUGGGAGAGAGUGAGAGUCUGAGUCUGAGUCUCAAAAUUCAAAAAAAUGGCAGGGAUUGUGAAACCGCCAGGCGAGUUCUCAAUCACGCCACACAAAGUUUCGGUUUGCAUUCUCCUUCAGAUCUACGCUCCUUCCGCCCAAAUCUCGUUUCAUUUCCCCUUCGCCUCCGUCGCUCAGCACAACCGGCUCGGCUUGUUCCUCUUAGCUCUCACUAAGUCGUGUGAUGAUAUUUUGGAGCCGAAACUCGACGAGCUGAUUGGUCAAUUGAGGGAAGUUUUUGGCGUAUUGAACCCUCGUUUCAUUGAUCAUUUAACAACUAGGCUUUCGGCUCUUUCGUCACCUGAUGACUUGUUUAACUUCUUUUCCGAAAUGCGAGGGAUUCUUGGCAGCCCUGAAUCUGGUGCUUUGGAAGAUGAGCAGGUUAUUUUGGACCCUGCUAGCAACCUAGGGAUGUUUCUCCGUCGUUGUAUACUUGCUUUCAAUCUGUUAGCAUUUGAGGGUGUGUGCCACCUUUUGACAAAUAUAGGGGUAUAUUGUAAAGAAGCCCUUUCAAGUUGUGCUUCUUAUGAGACAACUUGUUUUGAAGAUUCCAGUAGCAAUUUGGAGGCCUUUCCAGAAUAUGAAAACAUGGACUUGGAAAAUUUUGUCUUCAAGAAAGUUACCGAAGAAAUUGAAGCAAGAAAAAGGGCUAGUGAGAGAAUAUCUUUUCAUCUUCAUGCGCCAAAAGCACUUUUUAAUUUGGUUGAAGAUAUUGAAGCUCCUGCUGACCCAAAAUCCAAGCAUGGUGACAAAGUAGGAGAGGCUUCUUCAUAUGUGCAUCCUCCGGAUUAUGCAUUAAGAGAAUUUGAGCCCAAUAGUGGAAUAUUCCUACGAACAAACUGGCAGAUACAAGGGUACUUACAAGAGCAGGCCGAUGCACUUGAAAAGAAUGGAAGCUCUUUCUCUUUGAAUGCUUUCGAACUUAUUUUAAGGCAGCUCCAUAAAUUGGCACCAGAGCUUCAUCGUGUUCACUUCUUGCGUUACUUGAAUAGCCUUUGUCAUGAUGAUUAUUUUGCUGCUUUGGAGAACCUUCUCCGUUAUUUUGAUUACAGUGCAGGGACAGAAGGAAUUGAUUUUGUUCCUCCUGCAUCUGGUAGCAAUAGUUUUGGGAGAUAUGAAAUUGCUUUAUUGUUUCUAGGGAUGAUGCAUUUUCAGUUUGGGCAUCCAAAGCAAGCUUUGGAGGUUUUGACUGAAGCAGUUCGUGUUUCUCAACAGCUAAGUAACGAUACUUGUCUUGCAUACACUUUAGCAGCUAUCUGCAACUUGUUGUCUGAAAUUGGGGUCUCAAGUACAGCUGGGAUACUGGGGUCAUCAUUCUCACCUUUGACCAGUAUAGGCAUUUCGCUUUCUGUCCAGCAACAAUUGUUUGUCCUCCUGAGAGGGUCUCUAAAGAGAGCAGAAAGUCUAAAAUUGAAACGAUUGGUGGCUUCCAAUCAUCUUGCAAUGGCUAAAUUUGAUUUAACGCAUGUGCAAAGGCCUCUAGUAUCAUUUGGUCCUAAAGCUUCCAUGAAACUCAGAACAUGCCCCACUAAUGUUUGCAAGGAAUUGAGGCUAAGUUCUCAUCUGAUUAGCGAAUUUAGCUUUGAAAGUUCAACAAUGACAACUGAUGGUGCUUUUAGUACUGCCUGGCUUAAGAAUUUACAAAAGCCAUUGGGUUCAGCAAUUUUGUCCCAAGAGAAUGGAUCUGGAAGCAAUGAAAAUGCUUUCCAGUUUUGUGUGCAGCCCAGUUCAAUUCCUGGAUCUGUAUUGCAAUUAAUAGGUUCUUCAUACUUACUUCGAGCCACUGCCUGGGAGUUAUAUGGCAGUGCCCCUCUUGCUCGAAUAAAUGCACUGGUUUAUGCAACUUGCUUUACUGAUGCUUCAAGCUCAUCUGAUGCAGCAUUAGCAUAUGUGAAGCUCAUUCAACAUUUAGCAGUUUUUAGAGGAUACAAAGAGGCCUUUGCUGCUCUGAAACUAGCAGAGGAGAAGUUUUUGUCUGUAUCAAAAUCACGAAUCUUGAUACUAAAAUUGCAGCUGCUCCAUGAGCGUGCUUUACAUCGUGGACAUCUGAAGCUGGCGCAACAAGUAUGUGAUGAACUUGGAGUUUUGGCAUCAUCUGUCACUGGUGUGGACAUGGAGCUGAAGACAGAAGCAAGCCUUCGCCAUGCUCGUACAUUGCUUGCUGCAAACCAGUAUAGUGAGGCAGCAGCAGUAGCACACUCCCUGUUUUGCAUGUGUUACAAAUUUAAUCUACAGGUUGAGAAUGCCACUGUUCUUCUUUUGCUUGCUGAAGUCCACAAGCGAUCAGGAAAUGCUGUUUUAGGUCUACCAUAUGCAUUGGCAAGUCUCUCCUUUUGCCAAUCAUUUAAUUUGGAUCUUCUCAAAGCAUCAGCCACUCUCACACUGGCUGAGUUGUGGCUCUCACUUGGAUCAAACCAUGCAAAAAGAGCUUUAAGUCUUAUACAGGGGGCUCUUCCUAUGAUUCUUGGUCAUGGAGGUUUGGAGCUCCGUGCUCGAGCCUAUAUUGCAGAAGCAAAAUGCUACCUCUCUGAUCCAAGCUUUUCAGUUUCUGAGAAUUCUGAGGUCGUACUGGAUCCUUUGAGUCAAGCUUCUGUUGAGCUUCAAGUGCUGGAGUAUCAUGAAUUGGCAGCGGAGACUUUCUACCUAAUGGCUACUGUAUUUCACAAACUGGGGCAACUAGAGGAAAGGGAAGAAGCUGCAAAUUCAUUCAAGAAACACAUGAUGGCUCUUGAGAAUCCUCUAGACGAUGAAGAUCCUCUAUUCAACGUCUUAUGAUGAAGCCAAGUUGUAUAUUAAUCUAGACAAAGCCUGUAUAAUAUCCAUGAUAUCGGUAGCUUUCUCCCAAUUAAAGUGUCUAGUUGUAGAUAUGGAAAUAUAAUGGUUUCAUGCUUGGGGAGAAUGAAUGCUUCUCUAUUUGUUUCUUUCUUUUUAUUCCUCUAGAAUUUUCAGCUUUGCACCAUGUUAAUUUACAGAGUAGUUUGUAAGGCAAUUAGGCUUUGAUUAUUACGUUGAAAAUUUUGUCAGCAUUUAUGUAAUUCAUGUCCUUGUAAUUGCUUUUUAAGGCACUAUAGUAAUUGGAACAAGUCUAUCGUGUACCAUAUGAAUACAAAUCCUAUCUCACUUUUUGUGUUCUA